AGCGACGGUGUUUUCCAUGUGACAUGAUCGUCAAUUUAUGCUGUUUCCGAUUGGCAGGCAUAAACUGAGCAAUGUUACUACACGAAAGUGCCAAUAUGGAACAGAGUGUGCCCGAGAAUCUCAGCACGCAUGUUUUUAGCGACUGUGAAAUGAAGUUGCAGGUGCCCACUCGCGAUCCCGUCGAUGUCAGUGAGAAUGGCUGCAACUCGAACAGUGAUUUGCCAACCAAAGAUACGGUCUCGACGCCAAGUCCUGCAACAAGUGUAAUCAAUUCGAACACAUCAGUCACCAGCAGCAACAGCAGCACAACCAAAGUGAAACUAAGUUUCAGUGUCGAUCGUUUGUUAAGCGCCGAGCGCACCAAUCCUUCGACAUCCCUAAGCCCAACGUCCUCAAGACAACAAUGCUGUGAUGGUAGUGUCUUUGCCUGCUGCACAUUUCCAAGCUGCUUUACACACUCCACGGAAGCUGCUAAUCAUGCUACAGUCUCAGCUCCUCCCCAAGUACUGACAAAUACACACGCAUACGCCUAUGCGGGGUUAGAUAAAUUCUAUCCGGGAUUAUAUAUGGAUUACAAGUCUGUGUUAAGACCCACCCCCAUUCGUGCCGCUGAGCAUGCAACUUUUCCGACCCUGGCAACGAACGCGCUAAUGCGAUUCCAUCAGCAGCAGCAACAUCAUCAGCAACAUCAGCAGCAACAGCAACAUCUUCACCCGCAACACCAACACCAGCAUAAAGCAGCAACUUUGUUGAACAGCACAACGUCGGCGCUAAACGGCCUAAAGACGCUGCAGUUGACGCAGCAGCAACGUUUUCUGGCCAAGAGUGCGCAGCAGCAGAUGCUCGACAUUCCUAUAACGGCAACAGGUGCUGCCGGCACUUCACAAAAUGGCGGGCACACACACAGCAACAACAACAGCAGCAACAACAAUGGCAGCAACAGUGGCGGCAACAAUAUGAACGGCAGCAACAGCAGCAGCAACAACAACAGUGGCAAACGCAAACGUUCCUGGUCACGUGCCGUCUUCACAAAUCUGCAGCGCAAAGGACUCGAGAUUCAAUUCCAGCAACAGAAAUAUAUAACCAAGCCAGAUCGUCGCAAAUUGGCAGCACGAUUGAAUCUCACAGAUGCACAGGUCAAGGUGUGGUUCCAGAAUCGACGCAUGAAAUGGCGGCACACGCGUGAGAAUCUCAAAAGCGGCCACGAAAAACAGCCAACACAGCAAAACAAUGGAGCCGGAAACGGAACUGGUGCUGCCAAGCAGCCAUUGCUGAUAGCGACUGGAAUUGUCGCUGCCAGGCUGCACGAGCCGUUGGAGUACAGCUCCGACAGUUGCUCCAGUGUGGAUCUAAGCGAACGAGCCGACGACGAUGAUAAUAUUGAAAUCGAUGUGGUUGAGUAACGAUUGAAAAACAUUUAUGUAUAUAUUCUUUUGGGAUUCAUGCAUACACAGUGUGAAAAU